UAGUUUCACUUCCUCAGUCGCCCCGCGAGGCCGGGCGGUGGCCCCGUGGCCUGAGCCCGGGGGCUGCGUUUCCGGACCCGCUGGCCGCAGCCACGGGGGGUGCUCUGACAAGGGGCGGCGGCCGAGAGAAGAGCUCGCCCGGGAAGCUCAGGCCGCGGGAGUCCGAGGCUCGGCGCGCAUCCGUCCGCAGGCUGCCUGGCUUCGGCCGCUGCGAUGCUGCCUGCGGCGUCGGUGCGGGCGGGCGGGAGCCGGGAGCGGACCUCCAGCGGCCCAGCGCCCCCAGAAAAUACAAGAGACAUCAUAAUGAUAUAUGAAGAAGAUGCUGAGGAAUGGGCUCUGUACUUGACAGAAGUUUUUUUACAUGUUGUGAAAAGGGAAGCAGUCCUAUUAUAUCGCUUGGAGAAUUACUCUUUUUGGGAUUUGGAAUUGCUGAAUUUAAACUCUUACAAAUGUAAACUUCUGAUACUAUCAAAUGGCCUGCUUAAAGACCUAACUCCAAUGAAAUGUCAGUUUCUGGAAAAGGUACUUUAUUCACCAGAGAGUGUGGUUACUCUGCUGUGUGGGGUGACAAGUUCAGAUCAGCUCUACAAACUAUUAAAUAUCGCUGGAGGCAAAUGGGAGAUGUCUACUGAGCAGGAGCCCCAAGAUUACAUCGCUGUAAUUGAGAGUAUUAUAUUCGGAGAUUCUGAAGACUACCUUGAGGUCAACAUUCCAACAGUCCUAGAAGUGAAACAUGUGGGGGAAAUAAGUAAGAGAAAGGAAAUUGAAGAAUUAUCAAAAGCUUCAAGAGACACCAUACCCCUGGCAAUGGUGCUUCCUGCUGAAAUUCCAUGUGAGAAUCCUGGUGAAAUAUUUAUUAUUUUGAGAGAUGAAGUCAUUGGUGAUACUGUGGAGGUUGAAUUUACAACAAAUAGUAAACACAUUAGGACACAGCCAACCCAUUGGAAUAAGACAAUCUGGUGUAUGAAAGCUUUAGAUUUUCCUGCUGGCUCUGUCAAUGUCCGCAUCUACUGUGAUGGAGUCAUUAAGGCCACAACAGAGAUGAAAUACUCUACAACAGCAAAGCCUACGGAAAACCCACUGGGAGUGGCACAUCCAAGAGAUCGUGUGUGCCAGAAAGACAUUGAUGAACUUGAUGAUAUUCUUACAUCCAUAUUCAAACACGAGAUACCAUAUUAUGAGUUUCGAUCGUUCCAACCUGAAAUCAACCCCCAAAAAGAAUAUACACAUUUCAAAGAACUCCCAACUCUUCUCCACUGUGCGGCAAAAUUUGGUUUAAAGAACUUGGCUGUUCAUUUGCUUCAAUGUUCAGGAGCAACCUGGGCAUCCAAGAUGAAAAAUUUCGCGGGUUCAGAUCCAGCACAUAUUGCUGAAAGGCAUGGCCACAAAGAACUCCAGAAAAUCUUUGAAGACUUUUCAAUCCCGGAAGUCAGCAGAAAUGAUGAGCAAGAAAAUGACUAUGAAGAUGAUAUUACCUCAUUACUUAUACCUUCUCCUACCGCACAGAACCCAGGGUUUCAUCACGCCAGCGGGCAGACAUCAUACAGGCAGCGUGCGGAAGGAGCUGAUGCCGGUGCACUGGCAAAGGAAGAGAACGAGAACCCCUCCCGCACCGAGACCGAGCAGAGCCUGGCAGAGGCUGGCAGUGGGAGUUCUGUGAAGGAGUACGAUGAGGACUUGUAUGUGUUCAUUCCUGGAGACAGUCCAGAACAGAAUUCAGCGGAGGCUCUCCUGAGCAGCCAACCGCCUCUCCCCCCACCGCGACCCGUCCCUGCGGACUCCCAACUGGAAAAACCUCACGGCACACUACAGGCAGGGAAAAUGGUAGAAGGCCAAAUGGAAAGAAGUCAAAAUUGGUGUGAUCUUGGAGCAAGACAAGAAACAGGAGGUGAACCCAAAGAACUCAAGAAAGAAGAUGAAAAGGAGCAGGAGAAGGAGGAAGACCCCUACACAUUUGUUGAGAUUGAAGACAGUGACUAUGACAUGAUACUGGCCAAUAUGAGUACAAAGAAAAAAGUGGGGAGUCGGUCUUUCAUUAUAAACAGACCUCCUGCCCCUACACCUCGACCCACAAAUAUCCCUCCGAAAGAGGAAACCACACCUUACAUAGCUCAAGUGUUUCAACAAAAGACAGCCAGAAGACAAUCUGAUGGUGACAAGUUCCAUGGUCCUAAGAGACAAGACAGAGCUCGGAUGGAGAGUCAAGCCUUUUCCAAUGUGGACUGCCUUGCUGCUGGGCAGGAAGAGCUCAUCCUCUUGCAGGAGAAGGUCAAAAAUGGGAAACUAUCUGUGGAUGAAGCGUUAGAGAAAUUUAAACAUUGGCAGUUGGGGAAGACAGAGCUGGAAAUGAUUCAGCAGGAAAAACUACGCCAACUGCGAGAUUGCAUUAUUGGGAAAAGGCCAGAAGAAGAAAAUGUGUCUGAUAAACUCACGAUUGUGCACUAUCCAAAUGGUAAUGAAAAUGCCCGCAAUGAAAAUAUGUUAUAUAACAUACCCUUCCACAAUAAGCUUCCUACUCGACUCCAAGUUGAAAAGGAAUUUGGAUUCUGUUGCAAGAGAGAUUACUAAAGAAGGUUAUUAUAAUGAAACCCCAAAAUCUGCAGACACUGUGCUUUCUGAGUGAAGUAAGCUUGCAUUUGGAUUGCCUGCUGUCUUCAGGGAAAAUAGCAUAUGAUGAAAGCAGAAGCAAACCUCUGGAUUUCACAAUUUGUUUUUGCCACAAUUUAUUGGCAUUAACUUGCUUCAGAUAGGUAUAUCAAGAUUCAAACUGAAUGCCAUAGAACAGUUGUAUUCUUUGAUAAUUCUUGUAUUUCACGAUGCAUUUUGCCACUGAAGCAACUGUUUCCCAUUUUGAAAAUUAAAGGAAAACAAGAGCAGAGAAGUGAAAUGCUCUGUAGCAAAGUUACUGCGCCUGUUUGAAGCACUAACCUUAUCAUAAGUUGACUCCUCUGUCCUUAGAAUGACCAUGAAAAUACAAAUUUGUUUCAUACAUAUUUGCCUCUUAAGUGACUUGUCCAUUUCCUGAAUUUCAGACAUUCAAACCUCUAAUUAUUAUUGUCACCUCAUGUUUUCAGAAACCUUCUCUUAGUGCCUAUUUGCAUAUAACCUUGAGAAUAUUCUUUUUUAACUUUCUAUAUCUCAAAUUAAUAUACAUUUCAGCAACCUACAAUCUUUAUUAAAAGGCUUACACUUUCAGCAAUGUAUUUCUUAGAAACAACUUACUAGUUUAGAAUAAAACAAUUUUAUCAUUCUAUGAUUUUCCCUGUAUGAUUCCUGCAAAUAAAAUUAAUGUUUUAAAUUA